AUGGAUGAGAGACAGGAUCCUCUGAUCAUGACUGUCCAUCUCUUGGCCAAUGCUGGGUAUGCACUGCCUUUGCAGCAAACCCUUGACCAUCUCUUGGAGUGGAUUUGCCCCGAAGUCCAUCUAUUUCUGGUGUCAGAGAGAGUGACUCCAGUAAAAUACUAUGAAAAAUAUCACUCCAAGAGGUCUAGGUUCCCAGGGAUUUCUGUUUUGCUCUUCUUGCAUGAAGACCUCGGGGAAGAACGGUUCUUUCACGUCUACGAUUCCUUUCAGAAGCCACCUUGGCAAUCUCAUCCCACAGAGAAUGCAGGUGGAAGGCUGUGCCCAUACACACUCACCAGUCAAGAUUUCUACAGCCUAGAUCCUCACAUGCCCGUCUGGGGGAUGAGGCAGGUCCAUCAUGGUGGUGAGAUCCUGCGGGUGACUUUAUAUUGCAGCUUUGAUAACUACGAAGAUGCAAUCAGACUUUAUGAAAUGAUCUUACAGAAGGAAGCCACCACCCAAAAGAACAACUUCUCCUUCUUUGUCCUGUAUUCAAAGAAAAACUUUUCAAUACAGCUCUCCUUGAAGCAACUUCCCUUAGGGAUGUCUGUGGAACUCAGAGAGUCUUCUGUACUGCAGUUCAAGGUUCAAGAAAUUGGCCAGUUAGUACCACUUCUGCCAAAUCCCUGCAUUCCUAUCAGCAGCACCAGAUGGCAAACUCAAGACUAUGAUGGAAACAAAAUCCUCCUACAGGUCCAAACAAACCCAGGACAAGAUGAAAACAAGGGUGAGCUUUUCUCUAAUCACAACCAUACAGGAGCUGACACUCUUCUCCAAGACUCUACCCGAACCAUAAUCUCUACAAAAAGAACCACAGAUCAAAGAAGUCGAAGAAGCCAAAUCAGAAAGUCAAAGCACAAUUCCCCAGAGCCUCCUGACCUGGGAGUUGGGACUUUGCCAUCUGAAAGCCCCCGUAGGACUUCAUGGACCAGAUCUAGUUCAUCCCUCUCUAACAACCCAUCCAUAGCUUUCCAACGGAGCCAGCCCUCUCCACAUCUUGAAUCAGCAGCCAGAAUCAAAAUACUCAGUCAAGGAAACAGUUUUCAGAAGCCGGAGGCAGAGACUAAUGUGGACACAGGGUUCACGGUAAUCAGUUCAGAACAGAGGCAAUCUUCUCUGAGAACAUUUCCAAGGGAUUUGCAAAGCAGCCUGCCUGCAACACGGAUGCCAAACUCUUCAUUAGCUAUAACUGGUCCAAGAAACACAGCCUCUGAGGAGAGAAUCCACCCGUCGCCACUUACUGGCCAUAGGGACAGUAAAGGCGCAGGGCAGAUCACUUCAGCAUUUCAUUUGUCACAAAGACCCCCUGGAAAUGAGGAAGAAGAAUUCUUUAUAUGAUGGAAAAUGGAUGUCGGGUUCAGACAAUGAAUCAAUCCCUUGUUCUGCAGAAUGAGCACCAGUCCCAAAACGAUGCGCCUUUUCUUGCACAUCUGAGUCUCUGGAUAUCCCUCUUGCCAACACACCUUUGGGUCUAAUUUUUUUAAACUGAUAAUAUUUGAUCUAGCAUACCAUUGCCAGAUCUGUUUCCUAAGGAGAUCAAGGGAAAAGGAAAAGAAUCUUUAUGUCUCAAAUAUUUAUAGCAGCUUUGUUUGUGGUGGCAAAGAAUU